UCCUUUGCUUAAUACAGUUACCGAUUUUAAAUCGCAAUUUCCAAGUACUUCAUAAUCCUACGUGAAUCUCAAAAAAUGGCUCAUUUCAAUGUGAUUGGAACCAUGGUGCUAGUGUUCUUGCUCGUUCUUACCAUCAGCACAACCACUGAAGCAGGCUACAGGAAGCCUCCAUUCAACGGUAGCAUCUUUGGCAAACGCAGUGGCAAUUCGAUUGAAUACGAAGGAAAUGCAAAAGUACUCUCGUCCAUGUGUGAAAUAGCAGCAGAAGCCUGUCAAACCUGGUUCUCUCAAGAACAGAAAUAAUAUCCAUAAGCAUAUGAAGAACACGACCUAGAACCAUGUAGGAAAACCGCGUCGCUAAUUGCCUAAGGAGGAAGCUCAAAUCUAAUCCCCGCCUAAAAACGAGUCAUUAUUACCCAUCUUAUGCCGGAAGAAGAAUUGCAACUGUUAACCGUGAAUUGCAUAACUGAGAGUGGAAUUUGUAAAAUAAAUUGAAAUAAUGUAAUAAAAUCAGUAAUCGAUUUCCUUUUAUUCUGAGGGAAAACGUUGAAAAA